GGGUACCAUAUUUUCCAUGAGUCGUGGUUGUGAUCCUUUAAUCAGGAUUGACAUUGGUGGCUGCAGAAAGGUGUUUCUCUAAGACGGUCCUGCUGUGUAUUACAUCUGUCAAAGACGGUCGGGGCGCCUGGUGGCUCAGGCGGUUAAACGACUGCCUUGAUCUCAGCUCAGGUCGUGAUCUCGCAGUUUGUGAGAUCAAGCCCCACACCGGGCUCUGCACUGAUAGCAGGAGCCUGCUUGGGAUUCUCUCUCUCCCUCUUUCUCUGCUCCUCCCUGGCUCGUUCGCUCUCUCUCUUUGAAAAUAAACAUUAGGAAGAAAAAAGACCGGCUUUCCUUCCCUACUUAGUGUUACUGUAGGCUCCUCGAUUUCUGUUCCGGUGUCUUGUCAGUUGCCGUCAUUCUUUCUGGUACGUACAUUGUCCCACUUUGCCAGUGGGGUUCCCUUCAAGCUGGCUUCUGUGGCCUUUUGUUAUUUCCCCAUCAGUUCGUGUGCUAGGUGAUGUUCCGUGUUUCCUUGUACUUCCCUUGCUCCAGACCUGGAAUCUACCAUUUGUCCCGGGGGCCCUGUUUUAGUAGGAGAUACAUUUUAAAACCAGAACACGGGCACCAGAGAGGCCUGGUCAGUUAAUCAUCUGACUUUGGCUCGGGUCAUGAUCUCACGGUUCGUGAGUUCGGGCCCCGCAUCGGGCUCUGUGCUGACAGCUUGGAGCCUGGAGCCUGCUUCGGAUUCUCUCUGUCUCUGUCUCUCUCUCUCUCUCUCUCUGUCUCUCUCUCUCUCUCUCUGCCCCUCCCUUGCUUGUGCUUUUUCUCUCAAAAAUAAAUAAAUAUGAACAUAAAAAAAAACCCAGAACAUAGAUGCUAACUGUCAUCGUUUCUAGGCCUUUCAGUGGCCAGAGCUAGAGGACACGUGUUUGUGUAUAUGCACGUAGCAUUUAUGCAUUGUACACGUAUACAGUGUUACAUCACACAGUUACAUAGAUUAAAUACACAUACACACUGUUUCAUGGUGGCAGUUGUUUGUAAUUGAAAUGUUGAAAUCCAGUUGCCUACUUAGUGUCCUUUGCUUGCCCCCAUCACUUGCUUAGAAAAAGAGGGGCACCUGGCUGGCUCAGUGGGUGGAGCUUGCGACGCUUGACCUCGGGGUUGUUAGAUCGAGCCCCGUGUUAGGUGUAGAGGUCACUUAAAAAUCUUAAAAAAAAAGAGUGAGGGAGCAGAGAGAGCUCCCAGGUAUGGACUACCUUUGGAGUCAGGUGAGUGUGCUACGUAGGUUCCCGUAGAGUGUCAGUAAGAGGGCAUUGGCUCAGCAGAUGCUGAGAGUCUGCACCGGGGGCCAGAUGAUGUGCCCACUCUGUGGUUACAGUUGAGCCAGAGACACUUCCUUCCUCCUCAGUGUCUUGCUUCUUUGUUGGGAAAUAGUACAAAUGUUGUGUGAGCCGUAAGGGCAGUGUGGUGGACGAGGCCGAAAAGCUCACCGAUCAGGUGAUGCAGAACCCUCAAGUUUUGGCAGCUUUACAGGAACGGCUUGACAAUGUCUCCCACACUCCUUCCAGUUACAUUGAGACCCAUAAGGAUGUUUUACUUUUUAUCUCGUGUCAGUUUACCCAAAGCGGUGAAGAGGAGAAUCAAUGCGUUGAAACAGCUGCAGGUGAAGUGUGCUCACAUAGAGGCCAAGUUCUACGAGGAGGUGCACGACCUGGAGAGGAAGUAUGCCGCGCUGUACCAGCCUCUCUUUGACAAGAGAAGGGAGUUCAUCACCGGUGAUGUUGAACCGACAGACGCGGAAUCAGAGUGGCACAGUGAGAACGAAGAGGAGGACAAGCUGGCUGGAGACGUGACAAGUAAAGUAGUCAUCGCGGAAAAGGAAGUCGCGCCAGCAGAGGAGCCAAACCCCAAAGGAAUCCCAGAGUUCUGGUUUACCAUCUUCAGAAACGUAGAUAUGCUGAGUGAAUUAGUCCAGGAGUACGACGAGCCGAUCUUGAAGCACCUGCAGGAUAUUAAAGUGAAGUUUUCAGACCCCGGGCAGCCUAUGUCUUUUGUCUUAGAGUUCCACUUUGAACCCAACGACUACUUUACCAACCCAGUCCUGACAAAAACAUAUAAGAUGAAGUCAGAGCCAGACAAGGCCGAUCCUUUCUCCUUUGAAGGCCCGGAAAUAGUCGACUGUGACGGGUGUGUCAUUGACUGGAAGAAAGGAAAGAACGUCACCGUCAAAACGAUCAAGAAGAAGCAGAAGCAUAAGGGCCGAGGCACGGUGAGGACGAUCACCAAGCAAGUCCCCAACGACUCGUUCUUCAACUUCUUCAGCCCGCUGAAAGCAUCCGGGGAUGGAGAAUCACUGGAUGAAGACUCGGAAUUCACGUUAGCCUCCGACUUUGAAAUCGGACAUUUCUUUCGCGAGCGGAUAGUCCCGCGGGCCGUGCUCUACUUCACGGGCGAGGCCAUAGAGGAUGACGACAACUUUGAAGAGGGUGAGGAAGGAGAAGAGGAGGAACUGGAAGGUGACGAGGAGGGAGAAGAUGAGGACGAUGCCGAAGCUAACCCCAAGGUGCAAUUUUUGUCUGCUAAUCAUUCAUACGUUUCUAGGUAAGGUGGAGCUGUAUUCGUUUCUAACCCAGUCUCCUGGCCUGUGCCUUACGGUCGUGCCUCACUGUCGCUCCGCGGACAGAGAGGAGGCUGCCGGCCAGGCACAUCCAGUGUGCACCAGGCUGAGCGUGCGGCUUCCCGAAGAACAGUAUUUUUGCGCAGGGGUCUGUUGUGUAUGCGGCUUUUUGGUUUUUGUUUUUAAGUUGUUUUUAAUUCAAUUUCUCUCUUAAGUUUACACCCUAGUUACUUAGCAUCUGGUGCAACAAUGAUUUCCGGAGUAGAUUCCUUGGCGCCCCUCCCCCAUUUAGCCCAUCCCCCCUCCCACACCCCCUCCAGUAACCCUCUGUUUGUUCUCCAUGUUUUAGAGUCUCUUAUGCUCUGUCCCCCUCCCUGAUUUUAUCUUGUUUUUGCUUCCCUUCCCCUAUGUACAUCUGUCUUGUCUCUUAAAGUCCUCAUGUGAGUGAAGUCAUAUGAUGUUUGUCUUUCCCUGACUAAUUUCGCUUAGCGUAAUACCGUCUACUUCCAUCCACGUAGUUGCCGAUGGCAAGAUUUCAUUCUUUUUGAUUGCCGAGUGAGACUCCAUUAUAUACAUACAUACACGUCCCACAUCUUCUUGAUCCAUUCAUCCAUCGAUGGACAUUUGGGCUCUUUCCGUACUUAGCCUAUUGUUGAUAGUGCUGCUAUAAAACAUUGGGGACACAUGUCCCUUCGAAACAGCACACCUGUAUCCCUUGGAUAAGUACCUAGUAAUGCAGUUGCCGGGUCAGAGGGGAGUUCUAUUUUUAAUUUUUUGAGGAACCUCCAUCCUGUUUUCCAGAGUGGCUGCACCAGUUUGCAUUCCCACCAGCAGUGCAAGAGGGUUCCCCCUUUCUCUGCAUCCUUGCCAGCACCUGUUGUUGCCUUGUUUUUGUUUUUUUUUUUUAAGUAGCCUCCACAUCCAGUAUGGAGCCCAGCGUGGGGCUUGAACUCACAACCCUGAGGUCAGGAGUCAGACACUUAACCGGCUGAGCCGCCCAGGUGCCCCUGUUUUGUGUACCUCUAAAACUGACUGUCAGAAACUACAUUUGCUCCUGCUCUGCAAGCCCAGUGUUCGUCUCUGACCGAGUGGCAAAGGCAUGACUGGUGUGGCAUUUUGACAGGACGGCCCUCCAGGAAGAGGACCGUGAGUGAGGGCCCUGGGAGGUGGAGACCGCGUUGCCUGGGCUGUGCUGGGACCGACCAGCCACACCCCUUGCAGUAGGAACGAGCCCAUCGCUUUUUCUCGAUGUGUUUCUAGUGAUGGUUUCUACUUUCUAAUCAGGUGUGGUGCAGACCGGUGGGUCAUAAAGGGCUACCUAAGCCUCGUGCCAGAAUCUUUGUGCCCAAAGCUGUGGUCUGGUGUAGCGUUAGUAGCAGGUGCCGGUGUGGCUGGCUGCUGGAGAGUUCUGAGCGGGUAAGAGCCAGCAGCAGUCUCCUGGGGGCCGCCCACCCCCCACUCCCGUCCCCCACGGCGAGGGUCAUCCUCGCCAUCGCAGCUCUGUUCCAGUCAUCAGCUCCCUCCCCCCGGGGACACCGUCCUCACUUGGCGGGGUUGGGCAGGGAGGUGGUCCGGGGUGGUGGUCGGCAGGUGCCACGGGAGGCGAUGCUUACACCCAGGAGAGGAAGGCUGAGCAGCAGCGGCCGCUUAUACAGCGGAGCCUGUGAGCAGGAACUUGAACUUCCCGCCGCAGGUGACCAGCUGAUCCUGACCGUCAUUUAGACCAAACACCUUUGAGCGUCUGUCUGCAUUGCCUUCCUGUCUCCCUCGCGUGGGCUUGUUCUCAGAGACGAGGCCAAAGAAACGUUUUAGCUAGGGGAGACGCGCGGCCUCGGACCCGCGUGUUUGAAGGGUCGAGUGCACGGAUGACAGCGCGAUUGCUUGGUUCCCGCCGCCCCACCCGUCUGAUGGACCAGCAGCCAGGCUUGCUCCACCCAAGCCCCGCUCCUCCCACCCCGCCAGUCACUUGGGAGCGUCCGCAGCCCAGCAGCCUGUGUCUCUAGGACAGAGGGACCCUCCUGGCGUGUGGCCACCCCGGGUAACACCGGCGUGUUUCGGCAGUUUUCGCAGUCCUGUGGCGAUGUCAUCAGGUUCUUGCCGGGGUCCCAGCUUCUCCGGGGGGAGUGGGGGGAGGCGGCCGUUCCCCCCGUAGUCGGGCAGCUCUUGGGCCCUGGGGCCGUGGGCCCCCGUGACGCAGUGCCGGCCAUGUGCUUGGUGGCCCUUUUCCACUCCUUCCCCGGCACGUGUCGUCUGGGAAAACUUGUCUUUUAAAUGGUUCCCAGACAGGCAGGGUUUGGGCUAUUAGAGUGUGCCUUUGAAACCCCUGCCUCCCUUCCUUUGAUAAUCAGUGGCGUUGAGUGACUGAGCCGUCAUCAGACUCUGUGAUGUGAAGCAGAGGGUGCUGGGGCUCAGUGCAGUUUUGUUUUGGCCUGUGUCACAGAUUGAAAACCAUUGGUGUCUCGUUGAUGAGAAGCUCUGGGAUUCUGGGUCACCUUUACCAGCCAGGACUUGUGUCCCUGUGGAUGCUGCUCCCGCAGGUGGGGCCGCCAGCUUCUCUCCUGGUCUUAGUUGUUGUGAGGCCCUGUUGCCUCCAGUAGCCUUUAUCACCUAAGCUACUGAAUGUGUUUUGAGUGAGUAGGUGAUACAUUCUCAGGCUUGAAAACCUAUACAUAUACGUGUGAAAUCAUCCAGACUUAACAUCGUAAAUUGUUUCCCACCCAGUGUUGCAAAACACUGUAUAUGUGGAACCCUUCGUGUGCGGAAAGGUAGAGAAGUCCCUCCUGUCCUGUGCCGCCCUCCCCUGUUCCCGCCUUCUCCCCCUACGCGACCACCUCCUUUGCCCCAUCUCCUCUAACCCACUUCCUUGUCGCAAAUACGAUUGUGGAGACACACGCCCUCCCCUCGCGCACGGACAGCUGCCUGCGGCUCCCCCCCUCCUGCCAUCGCCGCACCGACGGAGAACCAGCGGCCCGGCCCGGGGCCGCCUCGGCUGCCUGGGUGGGUCACCUCCGGGUGUGUGGGGUGGGACUUUGAUCUUUUCUAGCCUGGAUUUCUGGUCACGUGUGUUUUGUUUUGGUGCCCGGCCUUUUCAGCGGUAUUUUAGAUGAGCGGGUGCCGGGCGGGUGCCAGGGCCAGGACCCCCUCCCAGAGCGGCCCCGCUGCUGGGGGUGCUGGACAGAGAGCUGGGGCCCGGCCUCGUCCCCGUGCCCUCUCCAUCCGCUUUCACAGGGUCCCAGAUGUCGUUUCAUGUUUCUGCGGACUCUGCGUUUGAUUCUUUUCCUGUCUUCAGCGUGAUUUUCUGGAGAAUGAGCUGGAGCUUCCACCGUAGCAGCUGCCAGUUCUGUUUAAGCAGAAGUUUCUUCUGGACCACGUAGUGCGGGGGUUUUAGCCUCCCUAGGCUUGCCAGAUCGUGUUCCGAGUGAUGUGUCGCCUCGGCAGCAAGAAUUCUAGGCGACUGACGUACGAUUAUAUGCUGAGGACGGUCAGUGACCUCGUCGUGUGAGUCGGGCUGUUGGUGGCCUUUGCACAAAACGCAUGGAUUUGCUAAAUGUGCUCGUAAAGGUGGGAGACAGAUUGUAUCGAGGUGAAUGUGCUCUUCUGUGCUGCGGAGACCCCCUCUCUCCCUGACACCUUUUCUGGAAGGGUAGGGUUCCCACUCGGGGAGGGACAUGGGGGCGGGGGCGGUGCGUGCAGGCGUCGCAGGGGCCUCCCGGCGUCAGGUGUGGCUGCUCGGCCGCCUCUGGCCCCCACUGGGUGGGUGGCCCCCGUCUGUCUCCGGUGUUGAGCCUGUCUCAGGGGCGGCGGGAGCAGAAAGGGGGGGUCUGCUGUUCCUUCACGCAGGCGGCGUUUAGGGGGCCGCCACGAAGCUUCGAGGCCGCCUGGCAGCUCUGGAACACGGGCCCUCCUGCACGUGUGCUCAGUCUCCGCGGCCCUGACGGGCCCUCCUUCUGAACGCAAGCCCUCUGAUUAGACUCGGGGCAUGGCUUGAAACAAAAAGGCUGCCCUACUGAGAUUGUUUCUGGGAAGCUGACUUAUUUUUUGUUACCGUUUAAAAAUUUUAAAGUCUGUUUUAGUGUCUGUCUGAGAGAGAGAGACAGUGCAAAUGGGGAAGGGGCAGAGAGAGGGGGAGACACAGAAUCCGAAGCCGGCUCCAGGCUCCGAGCCGUCAGCACAGAGCCCGACGUGGGGCUUGAACCCACGAACCGUGAGAUGGUGACCUGAGCCGACUGAGCCCCACUCAGGCGCUCCACUAUUUCAAAUUAUUUUUUAAGUUUCUUUAUUUUGAGAGUCAGUGAGCAAGCAAGCAGGGGAGGGCGGAGAGACGAUCCCAAGCAGGCACAGAGCCCUACACGGGGCUCGAUCCCACGACCCCGGGAUCAUGACCUCAGCCUGAAUCAAGAGUCAGACGCUUACUUAACCGACUGAGCCCCCCAGGUGCCCCUUUGUCAUUACUCUUUUAGAAGUGUGUUUGCAGGGACCAUUUUUUCAGUAAGAAUGAGCACACUCGUUGAGUCUUGCCUUCCGUCGUUGGUUGGAGACGGCUGGUUGAUGAGAUCGGUUCCCUACA